GAAGACGAAGAAGCUGGACUGGAACGUGGGAAGUGAAAAAUGGCCGUACGGAGCCGCCAGAGGAGAGCAAGAAGAGCAAGAAGGAAGCUGAACUUUCCGCACGCGAUGGAUUUGGACCAACUGCCAUCUGGUGCCGCCCACCAGAGUCUUAUCAGUGCCAGCGACGAUGAGAACAUGACCUUGUUCGGCUUCCGCCGCGUGUGCUGGCGGCAGGCGCUGGUGGUACUGGGAGCCGUGCUGUCCUGUGGCUUCCUGUUGCUGCUGCUCUACUGGCACCCGCGCUGGCGCGUGCGCUUGCAGUGCGUGCCCUGCUCGCUGGCCGAGGCCGACGUUCUGCUCCUCCGCACGACCGAUGAGUUUCAGACGUGGUCGAGGCAAAAGGUGGAUUGGCUGAAGCUGCGUGAGAAUUCCCACUUGGGUGGCGGUGGGGAUGAGGCCUUGCGUGGCGACUUCGCGUUGGUCGCUAGCGGAAAGUCGCAAAUAUUCUCGUCCCUGCACCAGCCCGAAAUGAAGAUCCGUUACUUUAAUCAUCAGAAGAUUCGCUACGUUUGGAACGUGAAGAUGGAGAAAUUUGAAAGACUGGGUGGACUGGAGAAUACCCUCACCUGUACAGAGAUCCACGAUCAAUUUGGGAAGGGCCUCGAUCAGUCACAAAGAGAUUUGAGGAAACUUGUCUAUGGCCUAAAUCUCAUCGACAUCCCAGUACCCCCCAUUUGGAAGUUACUCUUUAAAGAGGUGCUCAACCCGUUCUACAUUUUCCAAGUGUUCAGUGUGUGCCUGUGGUUUGCGGAGUCCUACAUGGAGUACUCGUACGCCAUCAUCGUCAUGACUCUCAUAUCUGUGGGCCUCUCCGUCUACACCGUGCGCAAGCAAGCAGUGGCACUGAACAAGAUGGUCAAAGAGCACAGCAACCUUCCUGUGACGAUACUCGGAAGAGACGGAACCAGCAGAGACACGACCUCCACCGAGGUGGUGCCGGGGGACGUGAUAACAUUCCCCAGCAACGGGGGGAUAAUGCCGUGCGACGCCGUCCUCGUGUCCGGCUCCUGCGUCGUCAACGAGAGCAUGCUCACAGGCGAGAGUGUCCCCGUGACCAAGUCGACGCUGCCGCGCCGCGAGGGCGACGCGCCGUGGGUGAGCGCGGGCGCCGAGGAUUUCCGCCGCUUCGUUCUCUUCUGCGGCACGCGGCUCAUCCAGACGCGCCCCGGCGCCGCCGACAAGGUGCUGGCCGUGGCGGUGCACACAGGCUUCUCCACCAGCAAGGGGAAGCUGGUGCGCUCCAUUCUCUACCCCAAGCCCACCGACUUCAAGCUCUUCCGCGACGCCUUCCGCUUCCUCAUGUCGCUCAUCGCCGUAGCGCUCGUGGGAAUGAUCUACGCCGUGGUCGUCUUCUCGCUCAGUGGGACCGAGGCCGGCGAGGUCGUGAAGAAGGCCCUGGACAUCAUCACGAUCGCGGUGCCUCCCGCGCUGCCGGCCGCCAUGACGGCGGGCAUCAUGUACGCGCAGCGGCGGCUCCGCAAGGUCAACAUCUUCUGCAUUAGCCCGCAGCGCAUCAACGUGUGCGGCCAGAUCAACCUCGUCGGCUUUGACAAGACAGGGACACUGACGGAGGAUGGGCUCGACUUGUGGGGACUUCUCAGGGUCUCCGAGAACAGCUUCUGCGCCAUGGAUCCCUACAAACGGGGCCGCGCCCUGCCGCGGGACGCACUCUUCGACGCCAUGGCAACGUGCCACUCGCUGGCGCUCAUUGACGGAGCAAUCCAGGGCGAUCCUCUGGACGUGCGCAUGUUCGAGGCCACGCAAUGGGUCAUGGAGGAGACGGAUGAAGAGGUGUCGGUCGGCAAGCUCAAGUUCCGCCCCAUUUGUGUCCUGUCUCCACCAGUGGUCGAGACAUCGGAGCCCGCCACGAGCCUGGCUGUGCUGAAGCAGUUCACCUUCUCCUCGUCGCUGCAGCGCAUGUCCGUGAUGGCGCGGCUGGCCUCCGGCGAGGCCUGCGCUUUCAUGAAGGGCGCUCCCGAGAAGGUGGCCGCCCUGUGCCUCCCCGACACUGUGCCAUGCGAUUUUGAGAAGGAGCUGCACAAAUACGCAGCUCAAGGGUACCGCGUCAUCGGCUUCGCCUCCCGGCAGCUCGGAGAGAACGAGCUCGGCAUGGAGAGGGACAAGGUGGAAUGUGGCCUCACGUUCCUCGGCCUCAUGAUCCUGGAGAACAAACUGAAGCCCGAGACGCAGGCCGCCCUGGAGGAGCUGCGGAAGGCACGCAUUCGCACUGUCAUGAUCACAGGGGAUAACAUGCUGACUGCCGUGACGGUGGCGCGUACCUGCGGGAUGGUGCCACCGCUCCAUGACGUUGUCUCGGUGAUGGACAGGGAGUCGCCCAAACACCGGCGCCCGGACAUUGUCUACGCGAAGAUGGAGAAAGCGAUCGGCGCUUGGGACACGAACGACGUGCAUUUGACUGUGAACGAGUCAACCAAGCCGACCGCUACCUUCCACUUUGCCAUGACGGGCACCACUUAUGCCGUGCUGCUGCAGCACUACCCAGAGCUGCUGCAGAAGAUAGUGAUGAACGGGACGGUGUUUGCCAGGAUGUCUCCUGGCCAGAAGGCGAGCCUUAUCGAAGAGCUCCAGAAACUUAACUACUAUGUUGGCAUGUGUGGCGACGGAGCAAACGAUUGUGGGGCACUGAAGAUGGCCCACGCCGGCAUCUCGCUGUCGGAGCAGGAGGCCUCGGUGGCGUCCCCCUUCACGUCCAAGAUCCCCAACAUCGAGUGUGUGCUGCACCUCAUCAAGGAGGGUCGAGCAGCCUUGGUGACCUCCUUCUGUGUGUUUAAGUACAUGGCCCUGUACAGCAUGAUUCAGUACAUCAGUGUGCUCAUCCUGUACUGGAAACUUGCUGGCUUCUCCAACUACGAGUUUCUCUAUCAGGACCUGGUGAUCACCACCGUCAUCGCCGUCACCAUGAGCCUGAACCGGGCUCACCCGAGCCUGGCCGCGUACCGCCCGCCCCAGCAGCUGGUGUCGCCGCCCUUCCUGCUGUCCGUGGUGCUGCACGUGGUGCUGACGCUGGCCUGCCAGGUGCUGGGCUACCUGCUGAUGCAGCGGCAGCCGUGGUACUCGGACGUGGCCUACAGCUACUGCGGGGUGCCCAACUCGACGGAGCCCGGCGGGCCGGGCAACACGACGAGCGCCCCCGCGGACGACGCACCGCCCUGGUCCGAGUUCGCCAGCUACGACAACUACACCGUGUGGUUCCUCUCCGUCUUCAACUGCAUCACCGCGGCCUUCGUCUUCUCCAAGGGCCGGCCCUUCCGCCGGCCCAUCUACACCAACUAUGUGUUUGUGAUCGUCCUGAUGCUACAGCUAGGAGUUACCUUCUUCCUCCUCUUCAUAAACGUGGAGUCCAUUUACACGACCAUGGAGCUGGUGUGCACCUCCCUGCUCUGGCGAUGGCACAUCGUCCUCAUCACCGCCGUUCACUUCAUCCUCUCCGUCCUCGUCGAGGAUGCACUUAUUGAGAACCGCUCGAUGUGGCGGAGCCUGCGCCGUUGCCUGCGCGUCAAGUCCAAGGCGCGCUACAACACGCUGGCGGAGCAGCUCGCUCAAGACCCCUCGUGGCCGCCGCUGGACCUCGGCCUCUCGGCGUCCGCGCCGAACAACGGCCACCAGCCGCCGAGGCCCAAAGGGGCUGCCACCCUCGGCUACCGCCAAGGUGCAGACGGCCCCAACUCCCGAGAGGCCGGUGACUGCACCUUCCCCUCCCGCCGGCAUUUGAGGGUUUCCGGGACGGGACGUCAAACCUCCUCGCGGGGGCCGAGUGCCGCCGAGCGUCUCCAGGCCGAAGCGGAGGGCGCUCCAAAUGGCCACGACAACGAGGCCUACGCUCCCACGCUGGAGCUGGACGCUGUGGCGUUUGAAGACGAGGUGGCGGGCGACGAGAGAGGUGAGGGGCGGCACGCGGGUGGGGAGCAAGCGAACUCGGGGAGUUGCGUCAACCCGGGUUUUGAGUCCGACGACAGCUCGGGACCUGAGUCGGGCCAAGCUGCCAGUUGAUGCCUGACCCAGUCCUCUACAAGGACACGAUUUAAGGUGUGUGUGUGUCUGUGUAAGAGUUGUUUUAUAUGUAGUGCUUUGUUUUUUAACCCGAUUUUACUACAUUUCUGCAGAUCAGUGUGAAAAGUCACACGAUGCACUCUAAAUGCACAUGUACGCCUGUCGACUACUGCAUAUGGUGAAUAGGUUAGGUUGUAGUGCUUCUACAAUUUACAAUGCACGGCACAAUUCUAAAUAUAUGUGAAACUGUCUAAGUGCAACAAAGUUGUAACAACGUGUGUGUGUGUGCGGGCUUGCAAGGCAUACAGAGUUGUCUUUCGCACGUUGCCGCGUCACCGAGCUGCCUCUUCAUUGUGCAAUACGGCAGCAAAGAGAAAUGCGCAUCGUGAAGUUUCGCCUUACAUUUUAUAAUUUUAAACGGGCUUUACUGCGUGUGUGACUUGGUCACCAGUUGCUGCUUAAGUCUCCCAACGUCCACAAAGGCCGGGUGGAUCGGGUGGAUCGGGUGGAAGGUGGUGGGCGACUUGAGCAACAGCUGUUUAACAGUUACCCGUGUAUUCGCACCCCAAAUGACGUUAGAAGCAUGUAUUUUAAUCACGGCUGUGGAAAAAUCCUGACAUCUACGUAGCUUGACCUGUUUUUGAACCUACUUUAUUUGCUACUUUACUGAUCGCAAUAUGAUUACCGCCCAUUAAGCAGCAAUGUUCUCUUUUGGAUACAAUUAUUUUGAACAUGUCAUAACAUAUCCGGCCUCGUGGCUCGGUGGUAGUGCGAGCGGCUCACAAUCGGGGGGUGGGGUUGACUGCCCAUCAUCUCCCUGGGGUCGAUAAAACGAGCACCACUUUGUGGGGAGGUCGACGACGGUCGUUGCAGGACGUUGUGUGCAAGCGUCGUUGCAGGACGUUGUGUGUGCCGGCGUCGUGGUCAAAACUUGGCAAAUUUGAACCGUGACACCGGUGCCUGAUGACCUACUCUUCUUGGGAAGACGUCGCAGGAUCUCUCACGUCCACACUGUGAAGCAGUGGAUAUGGAUUUGUAUGGUGAAAUAAUCCACCAGUACUAACCAGGGUGGCCUGCUGGAAUCGGUGGACCACUCCCAAUGGGGGGACUGGCGGUCCAGUUGAAGGCCCGUUUGUUCGCGUAAUGUUGUUCCAUUUAUUACGUGUAAUUAUUCAACGUCUUAAUUAUAACGAAUCCAAAAUUCGUUUAAUACAGAGAUGGCAUUAACUUUUUGUUUACGCUCCACGUGCAUGGAAAUGGAAUGCUGUGGAGAAUGGGGUCAUCUUUUUUACCCGCCAUAGGAAUGUGGAAUUACCACCACUGACUUGAUGCCACCAACAGAUAUGGGCAACCACCCUACUACGAUCGUUUGGGCAGAGUCGCUAUGAUUUUGCAUGGACACAAAUUUUUAAAAAGGGCAGGUGAGUGAAAUCUGAAAUCAUUUUGCUGUCAAUUACUGGAGGAAAACUCCACGUGUUUCCCCAGCAUUAGACUUCCUCUUGAGACCCUUCUCUGAGUGCUCAGAGGACAGUGAAACGCAUAGAUAAUCGGGGAAUGUGUAUUUUUAAAACAUAUAGUCUAUGGACUCAACACACAGCCGUCCUUUGUAAUGUUUGCAGUGAUCAUUUGACUUUUGCUCAAGUGCACAUGCUGCCGGAACAAAAUCCAAACUAUUUUACCAAAUGAUGAUGACGAUGUAUUACAAAGUUAAAUGGUGUCUUUAAUCUGCUUGUGUUCCAUGCACAGGCAAACUGACAUAAAUAAUGCAUGACAUUCUUAGGACCAUGAUUAUUUUUAUACCAAAUUAACCGUAUGAAAUGAAAUUCAAUUCCGUUUGUGAAAUGAAAUUCAAAUCUCAUGAAUGUGUACAUAUGAAAUAACUUGAAUUGUGGGAAUUUUAAGCACAGCCGUCUUUUAUUCUCCUGGGUGGUGCAGAUGCCUUGUGACCCCCAUUUAAUUCUCUAAAACUUUAUAUAUAUUUUUAAGUAAGGUUUAUUUAAAGAAGAAAUUAAUAUGCAAAAGGAUUAAAAAAUUUAGGGGUCAAUUAAUUGGGGGUCACAAGACGUCUGGAAGAACCCCUGUACAGCAUGUUUGUCCUCGUGUCAGCGGCAGUAUGCGUCUGUACGUUGAGCCUGGCUCUGGGGUAUUUAAAUUGAAUUUCGUGAACACAAGUUUUAUAUUUAAAACCAACAUUUUAACGGUUGUUGUUGCUUUCGUUGAAUGAUUUUUUUUAGCUCGACUUCACAUCUGAAAUGUAUGGAAAUAUUACAUUCGUUAAAAAGGUGUGCCAUUUUUUUGGAUCGUAAUGAAAUAAAGUUUUAGUUUAUGAAAUAAGUGUACGUUGUGUUUUAAAUGUUUGUUUGUAUUUUCCCAUACUUCAUAAUGGAUGUUCUCAGUGUUUGUCACACGAGGAGAGUGAAAGGUAAAACAUUGUAGUGCUAUUACAUUGUAGCCCUUUUUUUACUUCAUAUUAAAUUAAGAUUAUAGUGGAGUUGGUGAUGCUGCUGCUUAAUUGGCAGUGGCGCACGAGCACACCAAAAAACAAACCACUUGUCAAUAGCACUGCCUUCACUGAACAAAAAAUGUACGAUAUGGGUGACGUUUCAGCCAAUGCCCCUUCUUCAUAGCACAUAAAUAGGCCAAAUUCGCACCUCCGAUUAGCAUAGUUGGCUACGUACGGUGUGAAAGAAGUUAAACAUGCAUACAAACGUCACGUUACAUUUAUC